AGUACUGUAAGAUUUACGGAGCACAUAGUUAAACCCUAGAACUUGAACUCUUUUUUUUUACUCAGUGGCAAAUGGCAAUGAAGCGUUGUAGAAGAACAGAGGGCACCGAUGAUGAUGGCCGAACCCGCGAUGAAGAUGAUUCCAGUCACCAUGAAUUCGAAGGAGAUGAGAUUGAUGAGGAAGGGGAUUACGAGGAAGAAGUUUGUUCUAAUGAUGUUCUGGUGUAUGAUCCGGAAAGAAUGCUGCGCGGCAUUACCAACUUCAUCAUGUUUCAAGAUGUGAAUCCUCAUUUUGCGAAGAACGAGAAUUUCGUGAAUCUGAUGAAGAGGCAAUGCCCUUCUUUGAAAUUGGGCCAGGAGGCUAUCAAGAAGGAUUGCUUGGCUGUUUUUGAAGAGGCAAAGCCUCAAAUCGAGCGCGAGUUGAAUCGGACGGGCCGGUUGAUUCCUCUUUCGGUCGACGUGUUGACCCACUACAGGCGGUACGACGUGGGCCCCGAUUUCGCAUGUCUAUCGGCACACUUCAUUGACGAUGACUGGAAGUUGAGGAAAUGGAAUCUUUGUUUCCGGCGAUACCUUGCAGAUGCAUUCGAAGACAUAUCCGACAUCAUCAGCGAUCUCGAAGAACUGCAUUGGUCAAGAUCAGAGUCCAUGUGGCACAUUACAAAUUCAAAGCUCAAAAGUGCUCUGGACAUGGAAGCACUUGGAGAGUUCAAUUCGGAAUCUGUAAGAAAAGAUUAUCCGGUUCCAUCUGCCGAACAGUGGGAGAAAGUUCGUGUCGUCCAUAGACUGGUUGAGCAUGCCUAUGAUGCUUAAGAGGCUUGACAAGUUCGUGUCGUCCAUAGACUGGGAGAAAGUUCGUGUCGUCAAAACCUCAACCGCUAACUUGUUUCUGUAUCAUCUUCAGGAGCUUCGUGCAAGUUUGCUUGUCGAAGCGAGUAGCCCAGACGCUUUCACUUGCGAGAUUGCAAAGAAGAUGCUUAAGAGGCUUGACAAGUACAUAAAAAAUAAUUAUCUGGUCU